UGGAAAUUAGCUGGAUGGGGGCCCAAUGAAAUGGUGGUAAAUUUUAACUUUUCUACAUGGGGUACUGCCUGCCAGUCCAAAAGAGAAUACUGUAUCAAGACAAUAGCUGUGCACGAGUUCGGUCAUUUUCUUGGUUUCUCUCACGGGAAUAAUCGACCAGAUACACCACGCAGCGUCUGCACCGAAGAACCACAAGGAAAUCAUUGGAGAUUUCAUUGUGACAGUGUGGGACCUUCCCUCCGUGAUGAACUACUGCAAACCCACUGGAGCGGAGAUAAUAGCACUUGUUACUGAAGUUGAACAAAUAGUUUGUAAUAUCCUUAACUCAUUUCCCCAAGGUGUAUACACAUCUCCAAACUAACUUGUUUGGAAAUCAAAAAACAGUAAUUCGCUCUGUACUCGACAAUCUGCCGUGGCAUGUUGAGAGAAUAAGUGGAUAUAUGGGGUGUCUGGAAGGCUUGGAGUUUGAUGGACUGGACACGCUGAUCUCCUUCAUACAUAUCGUGAGAAACACGAGCCUGCGUUUGCAAAGAUGCCUUUGCCAGAGUUUGACGAGAUAAUAGAGUGGAUGAUGCAGAGACUUCUUUCAAUCGACCAGGAGCGUCUUACAGUGAAUAUGGACAAGUUCAAGGCAAGGGACAACAACCAGGAAGGCGGAACCUCUGGAUUGAGCUAUCACGGAGAGAUCCUGCAGCGAUGAAGGAUGCGCAGCAAAUUCUCCAGCAACUAUAUGAAGCACGAGAUGUGAUACAUAGAACGUUGCAGCAGACAGGUUACUCGUACAGGGUUAGAGUGGAUGAGCUGCUUGAUAUUUCAGAAAGGCUCGAGACAGCAAGCGGCUGAAUC